CAAUGCCCACAUAUAUAAAGCAUAAUAAAGCCUCUUCCUUUUGUUUGCUCCUUAUUCUCAUUCCACUCUCUCUCUCUCUCUCUCUCUCUCUCUCUCAACCCUCUUGUUGAUGUAAUUCUCCACUAUAUUCUCAACUUUUGCAAAAGAUAAAGCUCAUCAAGAAGCACAACCAUGGUGUUUUCCUCCAUUCCAGCUUAUCUUGAUCCUUCCAACUGGCAACAGCAACCAAAUCCUCAAGCUGGAGGUGGUAGCAAUGGAAACACUCAAUUUCCACCAAUAUCACCGCCUUCAUCAGGCGGUGGAACUGGCUCGAUCCGUCCUGGUUCGAUGGCCGACCGGGCGCGGAUGGCCAACAUACCCAUGCCAGAAGCAGCCCUAAAGUGCCCUAGAUGCGAAUCAACAAACACAAAGUUUUGCUACUUCAACAACUACAACCUCACCCAGCCGCGCCACUUUUGCAAGACUUGCAGGAGGUACUGGACUAGAGGCGGGGCCCUGAGAAACGUUCCGGUGGGCGGUGGUAGCCGCAGGAACAAGAGAAGCAAAGGAUCAAAUAGCAAAGGAUCGAAAUCUCCAGUCACCAGUACUGAUCAACAAACACGUAGUACUGAUUCCUCAACCAAAAGUAUGCCAAGCCUUCCACCACAACCGAGCUUCUUGUCGACUCUGAGUCAACUCACUGAGUUUGAUGUUGGUGAUCUUGGACUAAAUUACAAUGGGAUUUCAGCACCACCCUUGGUGGCAACAAGUGGCAUGAACUUCCUACUGGGAAAUAUUUCGCUUCGCGGUGGUGGUGGUUAUAUGCCGGUUGGGCCGGGUGUGGAGCAGUUGCAGCCACAACCAAUGACCUCUCUGGGGUAUGAACUUCCGGCCGGACUGUACCCCUUUCAAGGUGGUUUAGAGCCCUCCGGUUAUAUAGGUGGAGGCGGUGGUAACGCGGUUCCUGAUCAGCCCAAAUUGCCUGGCAGUUCAAUGAAGAUGGAAGAGAAUUCUAAAGUGUUGAAUUUGCCAAGGCCAUGGCAAGGAAAUGAUCAAUACUGGAGCAGCAGUACUGCUGGUAGUACCGUUGCAUGGACUGACGGCCUUUCUGGAUUUAGGUCUGCUGCCACCAGCAAUCUUAAUCCUUAAACUCGAUCGAUGCAUAUUGUCAAGCAUAUAUAUAGUGCCUUUUUACAGCCCAAGAUAUUAGUAGUUUACCACUACAUGAUCGAACAAAAUGAAAUCCACUCUUGAGAUUCAUAUCUAGCUAGGGUGGAAAUCCCAAAUUUACAACUCAGGCCAAGAUGGGGAUUUUUCGCGGUGGAAUGAGGCGUUGCUCCAAGAUCAACUGAUCAUGGAAACCCUAGAAAUACUAUUACGUCGUUCGUGCUUUUCGUUUCUUUUUUUUUUUCUUUUGGUUAUGUUUAAGCAUGUUAAUUUAGGGACAGAAAUGAUCGAUCAUCAAUUUGUGUACCAGUUAGUUAAUAUCGUAGUAGCUUUGGGAUCGAUCAAUGAUUUCCUUUUGUAAUUCUGAUCAGCUGAAAAAGGAAAUUAAUGCAGAUUUAAUUUUAUCUU